GCUUCAGAAGUCUCCAGAAAAGCCAAACCCAAGUUAAGAGAAGAGGACGAGUGCUUUAUCAGUAGAAGGCUGAGGAGAAGCAGACACUGUGGGACCAUGAUGGACUCUAGUCACCCCGCUAUGCUGGGACCUCCAUGCAUGGAAACACACACAUACACAAACACAUACACACACACAAACAAACACACACACACAGUCAGGCCGCUGGACCCGGACGCUUUUUGAGGACAGUUUUGGCCUUUGAUGUUGUACUGUAUCAAUUGUGGCCUAAGAAUGUCAUUGCUGUUCUGAAUUGAGUGUUUUCUUCUUUGCUUUCCCCACACUGUAUUCUUUUUCACAUUCAGUAAUAGUUUUUUUUCUGGCUUUACAUAAACCUGUGAUUCUGUUAUAAGAAAAUACAGUGGAUUAAAUGAGCAACAAGGAACUAUUUAUGGAGGAGCGUUUAGCUUUUAGAUGAUGCCGUUUUAAUGUGGGUUUUAAUUUUUUAUGCCUUUGUAAUGUGCAAUUCCUCGGGUACUGAAUGAUGUGCGGGAUUACAAACAAAUGGAGUGAUCUGUGUGUUUGGAGAGGGAAUGAACGCUGGAGGCUCAUUGACGGAGUAGCGCACAUCGCUGAUGUUUGUUGUCGUUUUUACAAUUGUUAUUUUUGUACUUAAGUGUAAAUCAUCAUAUGUACUCUUUUAUUUCUUUGGAUGAAAUAAACCCCUGAGCGCUGUUGGCAGUCAA